GUUAAAAUGUUUACACUUAAAUACACUGUAGUUUUUGAAUGUCUCGAAUCUCUGUCGUCGCCGCCCAUGAAUAUUUCGCAGGAAAAUGGGAUACGCUGAGUGUAAUUGUAUCAUGGACUCGAGAAUAGGGAGUGCAUCAUCUAUACCUGGUCUUGGUAAGAGAGGACAAACCUUGAAAAGUAGUCCUUUUUGCCCUCGCUCCUCCAGCAAGUUGACACAGUCCAUCAUUAAAGACCACAUGGUGGCUCAUUACAAAAAGAUUUACUCAGCUAAAGCUGCCGUUGAUGCCUCAGUACCUAAAAGCUUGACACACAGUGUAAAGUAUAAUGACCAAAUCAGGCAGGAGCAGUUGAUGAAAGGAGGUCGUCCCCAGUCAGCCCACUCUCUCUCUCAGAGGAAUAGCAGAGCUUCCUGCUCCUCUGCCCAAAGUAGAUUGUCUGUGGAGUAUGAUGACAGCCCCUCCCUCUGCUCAAGGAGCUCCAUGGUCUCCAGCCCAAGGUUCAGCACCUCCUUUCAUGCAAAGGAGAUAGUUUAUCCAUCAUAUAAAGCAGGUCCUCAGAACCAUCACACUUGCUCAGCUUCAGAAUUGAAGUACCGGAGCCCAGGGGCCACUUCACACAGAAAGCUGUCUUUAUGUUCACUUGAAGCUUCAGGAGACCAAAGUUGCUACAAUACUUUCCAAGACCCUGUCCAGAAGACGUAUAGUGGAGACCUGCUCCAGAAACAUUCACGGCACUUUACUCAAGACAAACCUUUCACCCCUAAGACCUUGAAAUCAGAAAAGAGCUCGUACCUGUCAAAAUAUCGCUACUACAGAGCACCACGAAGGAACCUUACUCAGGAUUGCACCAACUCAAGAUUGAUGCGACAGGAGACAUAUCAUGGAAGCACAAAAACAAAGGAAUACGCACAGGAAUUUUAUGAGCCAUCUCAGGAAUUUGCUACUGAGCACGAGUUGUCUGAGGAUGAGGUCAAUGGCACAUAUUUCUCAGCAUCUACAAAACAGACUCAAGCUAAGAAGACCAGAGACCAUGAUUUCUUUCUCUCCUCAACCAGUGUUUUAUCAGAGGGCGGAAAAUCUCCUAUUAUGAAGAGUGUAUCUGCUGAGGAAGAAGAACUAAUGUACCUCGAAUUUGUUUCUGAUGUAACGGAAGACAUCCUAUCCAGGGGGUCCAUCUCUGACAGGGUCCUAGACCGGGUGAUAAAGCGUCAUAUCGAUAUGAAUCGGCAUCGGCUUAAUGUGGGUAAAAUGCGCCACCUUCUGGAAGUUCUACGUAAAGAUUUUGAGGAGCCGACCAACACGUCCACCUCUAGUGCAGAGCUUCAAAAAAAGGAGAAAUAUCUGCUUGAUAAACUCCUGCCAGGGCUAGAAUCAGGGGAUAUGAACCGCCAGAAAACCAAAGAAGACCAUGACCUUCUCCCUUAUGUGUCACUGAUCAAAUAUGGUGGGUCGCCAAGCUAUGAUGACCCUUUAUUGGUUUCUACACCGUUGUGCUCUCCUAAACGGACUGCUUCACCAGCUGAAACAAGCGAAAAGGCAGAGGAGGAUGUCAAUCAGGAAAAUGGAAUCAGCUCUCCUUCUCUCACUGAGCAUGUUUCUGCUAAUGCAGGACUCCGUGAAGAGGACUUUUAUCAGGUUCAUAAAGAAACAGAAGCCAUCAAUGAAAAGCAUGAAUACACCACUUUGUUCAGGGAUGAAGGAUCCCAUCAAGACCAAGCUGAGGUCAGUCACGAUGGGCAAUCUGAAGAGGUCGAAGACCUGGGAAGAAGUUUGUCAGAGUCACUGCAUAUUACCAACAAUACACACUGUGACAACACGGAGGCGGCAAACGAGCAACAUAGAAAUACAGUUGCCAGUGAUGAGGAGUUCUUCUGAGUUUUGCUGUAUUCAGGGAUUGAAUGACCUUUAAUGAUUUUGUUACCAAGUGAGUGUUGUUAAAGAGAGACAUGUAAAAUUUCAUAUUCUGAAAGUAUAAUUUUGUAAAUGUAAUUAAACACUGGCUGCAUUUUCUAUAUUUUACAAACCCCAUCAAUUAGGUGUUUUAGUUCUAUUCUGCUUUUUUAAAAAUCAUACUAGAGACACAGUGGUUGAGCUGCAGGUUAUGAGGAGUAAUCCUCUAAAUGUGUAUUAUAUUACUGCCCCAUGAUAACUGGUGUGAUUAGCAAAAUUGUAACAAAUAAUUAUAGCACUGCACUGACAUCAGAUGUGUGAAAUUAGCGGUAUCAUUUACUUUGAAUGGAUUACAAAGUGUGGCAGUUUUCGAUAUGAUGUAGCUGCAGUUUACAUUUUCAAAUUUUUAGAAAAACAAUGCUGUUACAAAGACUGGUUUUGUGCUUGACUUGACAUAGGCCGCUGACAUGUAGCCAGUAGGAGUAAACUGUCACCAGAAAGUGUCUUUACAAUUGCAAUAAAUUUUCUAUUCUGCUUUC